GCCCGCCCGCCCCGGAGGCACUCCCCUUCCGCAGCUAUAAAGGCCUUUGGCCAAGGCCCUUCUUCCUACAUCUCGCGCCUCACUUCCCGGAGCCCGUCCAGUGCGGAGCCGCCUUCACCAUGGAGCAGCUGAGCACAGCAAACACCCAGUUCGCCGUGGACAUGUUCCGUGCUUUGAAUGAGAACACUCCUACGGGGAAUAUAUUCUUCUCCCCCUACAGUAUUUCAUCAGCAUUGGCCAUGAUCUUUCUGGGGACUCGAGGCGCUACUGCAGCACAGGUGUCCAAGGCUCUUCAUUUUGAUAAGGUUGAGGAAAUUCAUUCAAGAUUUCAGAGUCUGAAUGCUGAUAUCAACAAACGUGGAGCCUCCUAUAUUCUGAAACUUGCUAAUAGGCUAUAUGGAGACAAGAACUAUAAUUUCCUCCCUGAAUUCUUAGCUUCGACUCAGAAAUUGUAUGGUGCUGAAUUGGCCAGUGUAGAUUUUCAGCAAGCCUCUGAAGAAGCAAGGAAAGUGAUUAAUGAGUGGGUCAAAGGGCAGACGGAAGGGAAAAUCCCGGAACUGUUGGCUGCAGGUGUGGUCGACAGCAUGACUAAGCUCGUGCUGGUGAAUGCUAUCUAUUUCAAAGGGAACUGGGAGGAGGAGUUCAUUAAGGAAGCCACUGCCAAUAAGCCCUUCCGCUUGAAUAAGAAAGACACAAAAGUGGUGAAAAUGAUGUAUCAGAAGAAGAGAUUCCCAUAUGGCUACAUCGAGGACCUUAAGUGCCGUGUGCUGGAACUGCCUUACCGAGGCAAGGAACUCAGCAUGAUUAUCCUGCUGCCUGAUGACAUUGAGGAUGAGUCCACGGGUCUCAAGAAGAUUGAGGAACAACUGACUUUGGAAAAACUGCGUGAGUGGACCAACGCUGAGAAUCUGAAUCGCAUUGAAGUCAAUGUCCAGUUGCCCAGGUUCAAGCUAGAAGAGAGCUAUGAUCUUAACUCCCACCUAUCCCGCCUGGGUGUAAAAGAUCUUUUUAGCAGGAAGGCUGAUCUGUCUGGCAUAUCAGGAGCCAGAGAUCUUUUCAUAUCAAAAAUCGUCCACAAGUCCUUUGUGGAAGUGAAUGAGGAGGGCACAGAGGCAGCGGCUGCCACAGCAGGCGUUGCCACCUUUGCUAUGAUGAUGCCUGAGGAGGAAUUUGUUGCUGACCAUCCAUUCAUUUUCUUUAUUAAGCAUAAUCCUUCCAAUAACAUCCUGUUCUUGGGAAGAUUGUCUUCCCCUUAGAGACUAUAAAUACAGGGUCAAGCCUAGAGCUUUAUUAUCUGCACUUUUAAUGGUGACAGUUUUCAUAUAUCUUUACCAAUAAAGCUACCAUCCCAAAACAGAUCUUCAAUUUCCUUUGUAAGUUCAGCUCUGUUGGCUGUUUACAUACACCCAUGAAAUAUGUAGAUUCUUAACAAUAUAGUAGUUGUCUAUAAAAUUGCUAUGCUCUCCUGAUGGCCAAAGGAAACAUGGUAAUACUAUAAUUUAGUUUACAGACAGAAUUUUGGAAGUUGAAGUAGUCACUGAUUGUAGAGGGAAGGCUUAAAAACAUAUUCAAUUGAAAUAUAGAAGGGCACCCCAAUUAAGAGCCGGGGUUAUAAAGACAAACUUGCCUUGGCAAGAUUUCUAAUCCCUUGUUCUAUAAGAUUAGUAUUUUUUUGUUUUUCUUAUUCUUUCAAACCAUUAAAGAGUCACCUGGUGAUAGCCUGCCUUCCCUUUUUUAUUUCCCUUUAUCCUCCCUGAUAUGGUGUUUGUGUGGGAUCACAUGGAGUCUAGAAGUGAGUGUCUUAUCAUAAAAGAUUCCAAGAAAUCACAAAAAGAAUAAUGUAGUGGGAGAGACUAUUAAGCAAAGAGGGGGUGCAAAGAUCUCAUUUGUUAACCAUCCUUUCGCAUGUUUUCUGAUAAAAAUUAUUGGUUUCCAUCAUGUGAUAUACGUUUUUAUGACAAUAGGUGGCUUUAUGCAAUUCUGUGUUGGGGAGCUUGGAGGGGGCUUUGAUCAAUAUAUGUGUUCUCCUUGGAAUAAGGCUUGAGGUGCUGCAUUGUCUUGCUCCCACAAAACCAGUGGGUUGGUUAAUAAACUUUCUUAAGAUUCUGCAAGCCAGA